CCUGCCUUUCCCCAUGGCACUUGCUGUCAGAAAGUAGCUGUGCCCCGCCCCCUGUGUCGCGGCUCCCGUGCUCCCGCUCACCAUGUACCGCUCACUCCGGCCCCUUCAGCGCCUGGGCAGCACGCGGGGGCUCCUCGCGCUCCAGCCGCCGCCGCCGCGCGCCGCUCUCCUGUGCCAGCCUCAGCAGCGGCCGCUGCCGCCACGCGCCGCCGGGAUGGCUAGUCAAGACUCUUUUAGAAUAGAAUAUGAUACCUUUGGUGAAUUAAAGGUCCCAAAUGACAAGUAUUACGGUGCCCAGACUGUGAGAUCUACAAUGAACUUUAAGAUAGGUGGUGUUAGCGAGAGGAUGCCAGUUCAAGUUAUAAGAGCUUUUGGCAUCUUGAAACGAGCAGCUGCUGAAGUAAAUCAGGAUUAUGGUCUUGAUCCGAAGAUUGCUAAUGCCAUUAUAAAGGCAGCAGAUGAGGUAUCUGAAGGUAAAUUAAAUGAUCACUUUCCUUUGGUGGUGUGGCAAACUGGAUCUGGAACACAGACCAACAUGAAUGUAAACGAAGUCAUAAGCAAUAGAGCCAUUGAAAUAAUGGGAGGUAAACUUGGAAGCAAGGAUCCAGUGCAUCCUAAUGAUCAUGUUAAUAAAAGCCAGAGCUCAAAUGAUACGUUCCCAACAGCAAUGCAUAUUGCUGCUGCACAAGAAGUUAAUGAAGUGUUGUUACCUGGACUACAGAAGCUACAAGAUGCACUUGAAGCAAAAUCCAAAGAAUUUUCCCAAAUCAUAAAAAUAGGGCGCACUCAUACACAGGAUGCUGUUCCACUUACUCUUGGGCAGGAAUUCAGUGCUUAUGUGCAACAAAUUAAAUAUGGUGUGGCUAGGAUUAAAUCAGCCAUGCCAAGAGUCUAUGAGCUGGCAGCUGGUGGCACUGCAGUUGGUACAGGAUUAAAUACCAGGAUUGGUUUUGCUGAGAAGGUUGCUGCUAAAGUGUCCUCACUGACAGGCUUGCCUUUCAUCACUGCUCCAAAUAAAUUUGAAGCUCUUGCUGCUCACGAUGCUCUAGUUGAACUCAGUGGGGCAAUGAACACUGUGGCUUGCAGUCUGAUGAAGAUAGCUAAUGAUAUUCGUUUUUUGGGUUCUGGACCACGGUCUGGUCUAGGGGAACUCAUCCUGCCUGAAAAUGAACCUGGAAGCAGCAUCAUGCCAGGAAAAGUAAACCCUACCCAGUGUGAGGCUGUAACCAUGGUGGCAGCUCAAGUGAUGGGAAAUCAUGUUGCUGUUACAGUGGGAGGCAGCAAUGGACAUUUUGAAUUGAAUGUUUUCAAGCCCAUGAUUAUUAAAAAUGUAUUAAACUCUGCAAGGCUCCUUGGAGAUGUCUCUGUUUCCUUCACUGACAACUGUGUGGUCGGAAUCCAAGCCAACACGGAGAGGAUCAACAAACUAAUGAACGAAUCUUUGAUGUUGGUGACGGCGCUUAAUCCCCACAUAGGAUAUGACAAGGCUGCCAAGAUUGCCAAAACAGCACACAAAGAAGGGACAACACUAAAAGAAGCAGCUAUUAAGCUUGGAUUCCUUACAUCAGAACAGUUUGAUCAGUGGGUGAAGCCUAAAGAUAUGCUAGGUCCUCAGUAAUUUUAACAAGUGUACUUAACAGGAAAAAAAUUAAAUUGUAUAAAACAAAA